GCACUCUUGUUUCGUCAUCAGCAUGCGCCUUCGGUAACAAACUGGUGCACUCUGUGAAAGCAUGGCAGCUGCUGAGGCGGCGGUGGUGUCGUCGUCUUUGAUAAUAGACACAGCCCCAGUUUCUGAAAUUGCAGGAACAACUGCAGCAACGGCUGCAGCCGCGGUGGUUGCGGCGGCGGCCAGGACCGGAGCCGAACCCAAGGUCUCCAAGGCCGCUAUGGCUACUAAGCUGCUGUCCCUUAGCGGCGUGUUCGCGGUGCACAAGCCCAAAGGGCCCACUUCAGCCGAGCUGCUGAAUCGGUUGAAGGAAAAGCUGCUGGCAGAAGCUGGGAUGCCUUCUCCAGAAUGGACCAAGAGGAAAAAGCAGACUUUGAAAAUUGGGCAUGGAGGGACUCUAGACAGCGCAGCCCGAGGUGUUUUGGUGGUUGGAAUUGGAAGGGGAACAAAAAUGUUGACCAGUAUGUUGUCAGGGUCCAAGAGGUACAUUGCCAUUGGAGAACUGGGGAAAGCUACUGACACACUAGAUUCUACAGGGAAAGUAACAGAAGAGAAACCCUAUGAUAAAAUAACACAAGAAGAUAUUGAAGGCAUUCUACAGAAAUUUACUGGGAAUAUAAUGCAAGUACCUCCUCUUUAUUCGGCAUUAAAGAAAGAUGGACAGAGACUUUCAACGUUAAUGAAGAGAGGUGAAGUAGUAGAAGCCAAACCUGCCAGGCCAGUUACUGUCUACAGUAUCUCGCUACAAAAAUUCCAACCACCGUUUUUCACGUUAGAUGUUGAAUGUGGAGGUGGUUUUUAUAUCAGAAGCUUGGUUAGUGACAUUGGCAAAGAACUCUCUUCCUGUGCCAGUGUACUAGAGCUGACCCGAACCAAACAGGGGCCAUUUACACUAGAAGAGCAUGCCCUCCCUGAAGACAAGUGGACGAUUGAUGAUAUUGCUCAAUCCCUUCAGCAUUGUUCAUCUCUUCUCCCAGCAGACUUGGCACUUAAAAAAUCAAAACCUGAGGAAUCUAACGAGCAGGUUUUGAGCUGUGAAUAUAUAACUCUAAAUGAGACAAAAGGAGAUGAUGUAAUUAAGACAUUUUGAGAUUGGCUUGGAACUGUCAUCUCCUGGUUAAUGUUUGUAUCCUGUGUACAGAUGCAGAAUGAAUGCCAGCUACGUUCAAGAGACUCUUUUGUUGUUACAUGAAGAAAAAUGAUAAUUUCUGUACUG